CAAUUGUGCAUCAAACUCCUAAAACACCAAUCAAUUUAAAUCAAAUUUUCAUUUUUUUCACCAUUCAAAAUAUAAGAACAACAUACUUCUCAAGUUCUCAUCUUCUUGUACAACAACAUACUUCCACCGUACAUUAUCCAAUUUGAAUUUCAAUGGCCUGCAAAACAUUCUCUCUCAUCAAUAACCUAAAUCACUCAUUUACAUUCAUCCCCAAUUUUCCUUCAUUUCCUCCACUUAAACUCAAUCAUUUUAUGCCAUAUUCAACUUCUCACUUCACUACACUAAAUUCAACCACAUUAUCAACGAAUAAUUUCACUUGGGAUGAUGUUAUACAAAUUGGUCAAUCACAAUCUGACCCUUCCGACCUCGCAGGUUUCUUCGACAAAGUUAACGAUUGUAAUCGAAAUAUGGAAAAAAUGUGUGAAUUUGUUCCAUUUGUUGUUGAAGAACAAGUUGUUGGUUAUAUUCAUAAUGAAUUUUCGGCCCAUUUGAGGAGGUUCCAAGAUGUUUUCUUGUUCCCACAAAAUGUUUUGCACAAUGGUCGUUUCGAUUGGCAUAUAACACUGCACCCGGCACUUAGAUCUCCUGAAGAUAGGACUUCGGCAGUUGCGGAUGUAAUCAACUGUCUGGGGGAAGAACUGAUUCCAGGUAUUAGGAAUGAGCUCUACCCUGUUAUGUCAUGCUUUGGGACAAAGGCAUUUUUCUCACUUGAACGUGCUGCAGCUCCUUAUUUUGGAAUAAAGGCAUAUGGAGUUCAAAUGAAUGGCUAUGUUGAAAGAGAAGGCCAGAAGUUUCUUUGGCUUGGAAAGCGAAGUCAAGCGAAAUCCACCUUUCCAGGGAUGCUUGACCAUCUUGUUGCUGGAGGAUUGCCCUAUGGAAUUCCUUGUGGUGAGAACAUGAUGAAGGAAUGUGAGGAGGAAGCAGGGAUUCCCACAUCCAUCUCCAAGAAAGUUGAACCAGUUGGUGCUGUCUCUUACAUGGAUAUUAAUGGAGAUAGACUUAAGCGGGAUGUUCUUUUCUGUUAUGAUCUGAAGCUUCCUGAAGAUUUUGUUCCCAGUAACAAUGAUGGUGAAGUGGAGAGCUUCAGGUUAAUCCCGGUUCCACAUGUAGCGAAUGUGAUCAAGAGAACCCAAUUCUUCAAGUCAAAUUGUACCCUUGUUAUCAUUGACUUCCUUUUCCGACACGGAUAUAUCUGUCCUGAAUAUGGUGGGUACUUGAAGCUCCUCGAGAGUUUAAGGAGUGGAGACUGCUCCUAGUGAUUCUAGCACGAGUUAUUGGAUUGAGGAAAUCCGAAGAAAUCAUGGGGGUACAUACGCAUAAAACAUCUUAUGCAAUCGUUGUAUAUCUUAUGCGACGCAAUCAUAAUUGAACUCGGAAGACGAUCUACUUUGUAGUACAUGGAUGGGACCUAAAUAUCGUUGUAACCCCCUAUUUUACUCAAGGUGCCAAAGGCAAAGUGUGAUCUUUAUUUUUAUUAGGUAGUGUUGCUCUGUAUCUUCGAACUAUCGUCCUAAAUACUAGUGAGAGUUUCUCAUUUGCGCUCUUAUAAAGAACUUUUGUCAUUACGUUCUCUGUUGUCGUCCAUCAUUUUCCCUCACGUUGCACAUUUCCUCAUCCAUCGACUACUCAAUAAGGGGAUGGGGGAUUUGAACAUGUAACCUAUCAUUCACAACACUUCAAUCUUAAUCACUAGACCAAAACAUUCUUGGUAUUCAAUCUCCGACAUUUUAAACAUGUUGUUGUGGAGGAAUGAUUUUUAUUUCAAAAUUGUUCGUUAACUAAUUAAUAAGCAUUAGGGCUUGCAUGACUUUUGUUGCAAUUUCACCUUGAGACAAAGUAGUAACUUAUCUAGAUAUUUUACAAUUAUUAUUGCUACCUCUUGUUAACUUAUUGGUGAAUAUUUUUUCCCAAAGUAAUGCCAUAAUGUAGUUUUUUAAUAACAUAUGAGGUGAUUCUUGCGAUUUUCACUUCAAAAUAGUCUAUACUAAUAAAAUGUUGCAGAUCAUCUGUUCUAAAAUACUUGCUACAAACUACUUUUGCAUACUUAAUAGUAUAUUUCUAUUUUCAUCUAAUAUAAAACUAUAUAGUAUGUGGACCAUGUUUUCUCUCUAACUUUUUUAAAACUUGUGCCUUUUUUUCUUUUUAGCAAGUUAAUAAAAACAGAAAAAAGUAUACUAUAUAAACCAGGAUUGUCGCAAAAUUACAUUUUUCUAAGUGAUUUUGCUAAAAAAAGACUUAUAAAUACAUCUCUAACCCUCAUUAUUGCCAUCGGCCCAUCCCCAAGAAACCUAAGUAGUAAGUAUCUAACUACCCUAUAACCGAUGAGCUCUCUUUGGCGUCCAACAAUAAGUUAGUACUAGAUUAAAGACUUUUCUAUAUUGAUACCAACUUGAUUCUUCUUUAUCAGUUGUUACGAAAGUAAAAAAAUUAACUUUAAGUUGAAAGUUUGAAACCUUCCCUAAUAAAACUACCAAAAUACCCUCAUUAUACAAUGAGUUGCCAACUUACCAAGUCUAAAAAGUAAAAAGUAAAAACUAGGGUUUAUAAAAACUCAGCACUUGACAAAUGAAACAUUGUAGAAUGAGGCUGGGAGAGGCAGUGGGAGUUAAUGAGGGCUGUUUGCCACUCUCCCAUGAUGACCACUACUAAUCCACCGUCGGUCAUCUUUAGCCAAUGAUUUCUCCAACCAACCAAACGGUCCUCAUUCCUCAAACAAACAAACAUACAUAAUCUGUAAUCUUUCCUGUCUUUUCUGGCGCCUUUUAUGUUCUCUUAACGAAGAGCGUCACGUGGCAUCGUUUCUUGUUUCCGAAGGCCUUUUAAUAUAUUAAUAUAGAUAAUAAUACCUAAUACUCCCUCCUUUUCUUUAUAAGAGGCUAUGAUGAGCUCAAUCUUUCAAAAAUCAUCGAAUUUUUUAGGGUUUUUGGCGCUUUUUUCGAGGUGGGUGUUUGGUUUUUCCAUUUGGCUUGGCAGCAACUUUAAUGGGUUUUUUUGCUGCUUCUUGUUGUUGUUAAAAUUUUGGGUUGAUGAUUUAAGGGGGUGUUUGGUUCACUUGCCCAUUUUUGUUUGCUUUGCCGCCAUGGUAGACUUUGCUUACCUUGAUUUUUGCACCACCCUAAAUAUUCUAUGAAAAUACAGAUCUGAGCCUCUUCUUUUACAAGAUCCGGAAAUUUUUGUUUUUUUUUAAUGUUUUUUGGUGUUUUCUUGCAUUGUUUAUCAAAUGGUGAAAAAACUAUUCAUUUUGUAUUUUAAAUGAUGUAUUUUUGUUGUUGUUUUACAGGUUAUGCUGAAGAUAGAUGUAAGAUUGACCAAGUUGAUGCAAGUUUUGUGUUUGCUGCCAUGGUAGUGACCUUUGUUUCCUUAUGUCUGAUGAAAGGCGAAUCUGGGCCUUUAUUGGACUAAGAUCUUGAUCUUCGAGCCUAAUUUCACUUCAGCUCCCUUCAAUUCAGUUCCAACGUACUUAAGCUCAGCUCAAAACAGCGGGGCCUAAAUUUGCAGUUCAGUUCAGUACUGAGGGCCUAUUCUCUACAGCUUAUUUUAUUUUCAGUUCAGCUCUUGACAAUAUUUAUACUCCCACAUAUCACUAUUCAUUUCAGUUCAAUUCAGUUCAGUUCAGCUGUUUUAUGCCGAAGAGAACCGGCCCUAACAAGUUCAGUUGAGCUCCAUAAUAAAAGAGGCUGUGAUGAUACAUUUUAUCUACUGUAAUCAGUAGUUCCAGUCCUUAGAGAUACCGAGGUUUUUUGCCAUUGGCUUGGCAGCAGUAAGCAGGUUUGCUUUACUUGCUUUGCCGCCAUGGUAUUGACCUUUGUUUCCUUGUGUCUGAUCAAAGGCGAAUCUGAGCCUCUAUUGGACUAAGGUCUUAAUCUUCAAGCCUAAUUUCACUUCAGCUCCCAUCAAUUCAGUUCCAACGUACUUAAGCUCAGCUCAAAAGAGCGGGGCCUAAAUUGGCAGUUCAGUUCAGUACUAACAAGUUCAGUUGAGCUCCAUAAUAAAAGAGGCUGUGAUGAUACAUUUUAUCUACUGUAAUCAGUAGUUCCAGUCCUUAGAGAUACCGAGGUUAUUUGCCAUUGGCUUGGCAGCAGUAAGCAGGUUUGCUUUACUUGCUUUGCCGCCAUGGUAUUGACCUUUGUUUCCUUGUGUCUGAUCAAAGGCGAAUCUGAGCCUCUAUUGGACUAAGAUCUUGAUCUUCAAGCCUAAUUUCACUUCAGCUCCCAUCAAUUCAGUUCCAACGUACUUAAGCUCAGCUCAAAAGAGCGGGGCCUAAAUUUGCUGUUCAGUUCAGUACUAACAAGUUCAGUUGAGCUUCAUAAUAAAAGAGGCUGUGAUGAUACAUCUUAUCUACUGUAAUUAGUAGUCCCAUUCGUUGGAGAUACCAAGGUUUUUGCCAUUGGCUUGGCAGCAAUAAGCCAAUAAGCAGGUUUGCUUUACUUGCUUUGCCGCCAUGGUAGUAACCUUUGUUUCCUUAUGUCUGAUCAAAGGCGAAUCUGAGACUCUAUUGGACUAAGGUCUUGAUCUUCGAGCCUAAUUUCACUUCAGCUCUCUUCAAUUUAGUUCCAACUUACUUAAGCUCACCUCACCUUAGUUCAACUCAAAAGAGCAGGGCCUAAAUUUGCACUUCAGUUCAAUUCUAACAAGUUCAGUUGAGCUCCAUAAUAAUGAAGUCCUAAUAAGUUCAGUUCAGCCAAAUUCAUUCGAAAAUAACAGGGCCUAAUACAUAGUCAUUGUGGGAUCUUGUUGGAUUAUUGGAAAGACCAACUUCUUAUGUUACUAAUAUGUGCAUUACCCUUCUGUGGGUACUGACUACUGAGGCUGUGAUGAUACAUUUUGUUUACUUUUGAGUAGUCUCAGGCACUGGAGAAACUAAGACUAUUGGUUUUUGCCAUUGGCUUGGCAGCAGUAAGCUAAUUAGCUUUACUUGCUAUGCCGCCAUGGUAUUGACCUAAUGACCUUUGUCUCCUUAAGUCUGAUCAAAGGCGAAUCUGAGCCUCUCUUCAGGUAAGUGCAGCCUGACGAUCAAAAGGUGAACUGAGGCUCUGUUCUUCUAUUGGGCUAAAGUUUCUGUUCAGUUCUAAGUUCAGUUCAACUCCAUAAUAUCAAGUCCUAAUAAGUUCAAUUCAGCCAAAUUCAUUCCAAUUUCCAGAGAAUGGGCCUAAGCAUAGCCUAAUAUAGUAAUAAUUGUGGGAUGAUGUUGGAUUAUUGAAAAUACCAAUUUCUUAUGUUAACUAAUAUGUAACUAAAGAAUAUAAUGGUCAAAUAUCUGCAGCCCUUCUGUUGGUCCCAAGGCUGUGAUGAUACAUUUUGUCUACUUCAAGUAGUCUCAGGCACUGGAGAAACUAAGAUGAGAUGUCUUUGCCAUUGGCUUGGCAACAGUAAGCUAAUCAGCUUUACUUGCUAUGUGCCGCCAUGGUAGCGACCGCUGUCUCCUAUGUCUGAUCAAAGGCGAAUCUGAGCCUCAUUUUUGGUUCAGGUAAACUAAACAUAGUCAUCCUGGGAAAAGAGGUGAACUGAAUAUAGCCUAAUGCAAAAUGAAACUUGGUCAUUUUUUACUGUUCUUCGUGCAAUAUGAUUAUCUUGGUGUGUUGGUCCUUUGGAGCCUGAAAAUGCCAUAAUGCAUGCAGACAGAAUUCAAAACCAGGUCAUGACUCAUGGCUACCAGGCAACUAAGCUUGUUGGAACCCCUUUCUCUCAAAUUACCUCGAUAUUGGUAAGUGAGGCUGUGAUGAAUUUAACCCGUUAAAAGUAAUCGAACAUUUGGUUGAGACAUCUAUGGGUGCUUUCCACUGGCUGGGUAGCAGCUGAUGGUCUUGGGUUUUCUCGGCCAUCUGCUUGUUUUGCCGCCAAUGGUCCUCUUGAUGGCCACCAACUGCUGAUGAAAUUUGGGUCUGAGCCUUCCUCUUUCUCUCUCCCUUCCCUUGAACUCAUAUUUCGCCAUUUUAGUUCCAUAUUUUGUGGGGUUUUUGCAUGCAAAGUAACUGACACCCUUUCUCAUGCUUGUGAGGAUUCAUGGAUGAUUCCACAGGAAGACAAGAAGCACUGGCUUGGUUCAAGUGAUUAUAUAUGUAACUGAUGGAGAUCAAAUUACUGCUUUGUAAUUACAUAUUUUUAUUCAAUAUUAUUUUGUAUAUUUCCUCCUUUUCAAAGAUGGAAAAUGCAGAACACAAAGAAGCUAAGGCUGAAAAUGAGUCGAAAAAUCGAUUUGAAUAUCGAAUGUGGGCAUCAAUAAAAUUUUUUUGGUGUAGUUGUGAUUA